UGAGCGCUGAGAGCCGGGGGAGACGGUUAGAGAGAGGAGAGUGAAGCCGGGAUAGAGACACCAGCAGGUGCUGAGGAUAGAAACAAACAGGGUGCCAAUAAAAGGCUAGACAGAGCUACCAUGGACACCGGGAGCCCCAGGAAGAUACAGUUCACCGUCCCCCUGCUGGACACCCACCUGGACCCAGAGGCAGCUGAACAGAUCAGAAGACGCAGACCCACACCUGCCACUUUAGUGGCAUCCAGUGAUCAGUCAUCACCUGAAAUAGAUGAAGAUCGUCUCCCGAACCAGUUGUACAAGGCAGCCUUGCUGAACUCCCCUCGACAACGGCGAAAAGGACAAAAGGGAACACCUACAAUGAAAGAGCUGCAGUUCAUGGUAGAGCACCACCUGUACAGGCAGAGCCAGGGAGCCGGAGACGAUUGCUCCUCAGAGAGCUGCCUGUCGGACCGGCCCAGCCCCGACUCUGUUCCCGCCGGGGAGGAGCUCCCACACGACGACGACGCCACUGCAGAGGCCUUCGAGAAACUGCGCUGCCAAAUGGAGGAGUUCUCCAGGGAGAGUCUAUUAGAAGCUGCCGGUGGACUCGAGUGCCCCCCCCUCUCCAAGGAUGAAGAGGAUUGUUCCAGCGUUGCCAACGUAGCAGAUCCCUCCUCGCAACAAAACAACGCACAACCAGACACAAAAGCAGCAGCAUCCAGCGUGAGUCAGCCAGCAGAGGAGAAGACAAAGAAAUGCAGCCUUGACAAAGAGAAAUAGAGCGGUCUUCUGCACAACACAAAGCUGCUCCGUCUGCUCAGCCAGCCCGACACAAUGACAGAAGAUUGUGUCUGCAGAUCCACUUUUUAGAUACAUCAGGGCAUCUACGUUCCUCUACAGUCAGGCCUUAGUUUCCACCCGAGAACAACAGCAACAAAGGUUUCUACACUUAUUUUGUGUCAAAA